AUGGGUAGAGAGAUCGUCAUUGGGCUAGUUGGUAAGCCUUCAUCCGGUAAAUCUACUACAUUGAACAGUUUGACAGAUGCUAAUGCAAAAGUUGGUGCAUUUCCCUUUACAACUAUUGACCCCAAUAAGGCUACCGGAUAUUUAGAAGUUGCUUGUGCAUGCUCUAGAUUCCAAAAACAAUCAUUAUGCAAACCAAACUAUGGAUACUGUAGAAACGGGAAAAGAGGAGUACCUAUCAUGCUAUUAGAUGUGGCAGGUUUAGUCCCCAAUGCUCAUCUUGGAAAAGGCUUGGGUAACAAAUUCUUAGGUGAUCUCACUGAAGCAGAUUGUUUAAUUCAUAUUGUUGAUGCCAGUGGGACGACAAACGCAGAAGGGAAGGCUACAAGAGGUUACGAUCCCUUACAAGACAUUGAAUGGUUACAAGACGAGAUUUACCAGUGGAUCUUAGGAAAUCUUAUGGAAAGAUGGGGGUCAGUGGUGAGAAGGCAUACAUCGACUAAAUCUACCACCUUAGAAACUUUAAGACAGCAAUUAGGUGGUUACUCUGCGAAUAAGCAAUUAAUUGGCCGAGCUCUAGACCUCGUUCCUCAUGUGGGACCAUUGCAGGAAUGGGACAAUGAUACUGUAGGGGAAGUUGUCAAGGCGUUCAUGAAAGUCAAGUUCCCAACUGUCUUAUCGUUGAACAAAAUGGAUCACCCUGAUGCCGACAAAAACGUCUCCAAAAUCAUUUUACAGCAUACAGAACUGAAGUGUGUGUUGACAUCAUCCAUAACCGAAGUUUUCUUACGAAAAUUGGCUGCACAGAAAUACAUCAAAUACGAUUCUGGUACUGAAUUCGUGGACACGAAAGACGAUCUUCCAGAUGACCCAGAGUUGAAACCAUUGGACGAGAAGAUACGUAAAAGAAUCGAUAACAUAAGAGACUUGGUAUUAUAUAGAUUUGGAUCGACAGGGGUAGUCCAGCUUUUGCAAGCUGCAGCAGAUGUGCUCGACCUUGUGCCAGUGUAUCCCGUACGGAAUGUACAUAGUUUUACCGGGGGUUCAGGCACAGAGGUAUUUCGCGACUGUGUGCUAGUUAAGAGAGGUACUGCUGUUGCAUCAGUGGCCAAGAAAAUCAUGGGAGAUGUUACAAUUGCCAUGAUUGAAGGUGUCAACGGGACUAGAGUUGGGGAAGAAGAUACAGUUGACAUCGGCAAAAACGAUAUCUUGUCGUUCAAGAUUGUGCCAGGUGGUUAG